AUGGGCCGACGUACUACGAUUGAACAGCGAGAACUGGUGAUGAAGCAUUUGCAAAGCGGAAAGUCGCAGCGAAAAAUUGCGGAAAUAGUUUGUUUGAGUAGUGCUACAGUACAAAAUAUCAUUGAACGCUUCGUUAAUGAAAAUCGGGUGCAAAAUAAAGCCCGAUGUGCCCCAAAUAAAAUUUUCGACGAACGUGAUGAGCGUUUAAUUGUUCGAAAAAUAAAAGAAAACCCAAUGCUAUCGGCUUCGAAACUGCUAAACGAAGUUCAACAGGAAGUGGGCAAAUCAUGUUGCGUCGAAACAGUGCGACGGGUACUACGUGAAAAGGACUUUAAUCGUCGCAUAGCACGAAAAAGCCAUUCAUAA